AUGACUUCUUCCACCACGCCGUUAAGGGUCGGGGUGAUCGGACCAGCCGGGUUCGGUGGCUCAUAUCUCUGCCUCGAGCUCAUCAAUCGAGGCCACGAAGUCUAUGGCAUCUCUCGAAAUCCAGAAAAGCUCGGCACUCACUCAUCAUACCAUCCAAUCCCUCUGGACAUUACUGCAGCGAGCAUCCCAGAACUGGCUGCAGUGAUGAAAGGGUUGGAUGUGGUGGUCAAUGAAUAUGGACCUCAUAGUGCUGGCCACGAGGCCUUGAAGUAUAUGCCAUUCGUCGAAGUCACUCGAAAAAUCGUGCUAGCCGCGAGACUUGCAAGCGUGGGCUAUUUCAUUAUGGUCGGGGGCUGCUGCAGCCUCUAUAUGCCAGGGGGCGACCAUCGAAGUGUCUUGGAGGACAAACGGUGGUGGCUAUCCUACCGACGCGGCAUCGCAGACAGUGAAGCUCAUACUUCGUAUAUGGAGGAUCGCCUGGGCCCAAUGGGUUCAGGGCUUCGUGCCUAUCGUAACGCUCGGAUGGCGGAGGCUGCUGGCACUGCCAACGCUGAGACCCAGAGAGUCAUCGAUGAGUAUGAGGCUUAUGUGGCGGCAAACGAUCGAGCGCUGGAGUUUGUCACUGCAUGCCGCACCACAUUCAUGUUCUUUGACGGGAACGAAUCCUUUCCCUGGACGUUUGUGUCUCCCUCUGCGCUCUACCGUCCUGGGAGAAGAACUGGCCAAUAUCAAGUGCAAUUCGACGUGUUGCCCAUUAAAGGGGAUCCGAACGACUCGACCAAUCUCGAUGGCCGUCUCCAUGGCAUCUCGGCGGCGGACUUGGCUAUUGCAAUCGCAGACGAGGCAGAUUCGCGGGAGAAGAAGUGGAGACACUGGACAGCAUUCGCGGAUAUGAGUGAUGAUUGUCCUACCCCUAGUUAUGUAAGACUGUAA